AUGAUUAAGAAGCUAAGCAAUAUGGAUUACAAGCAGGAUCGGGAGAGAUGUGGACAAUACAUUAAAGCUCUUGAAGAAGAACGCCGCAAGAUUCAUGUGUUCCAACGUGAACUUCCUCUUUGCUUAGACCUUGUAACACAAGCAAUCGAGGCAUGCAAGAGGGAGUUACCGGAAACAGCCACAAAAAAUAUGUACGGGCAAUCAGAGUGCUCGGAACAGACGACCAGAGAAUUUAGGCCUGUCUUGGAGCAAUUUCUAACCAUUAAAGAAUCCUUGACCUCCAAUGAAGAAGAAGAAUUUGACGAUGAGCAUGGAAAUCACGAUACUGACAAUGAUUCUGAGGAUAAAAACAUGAAAUCUGAUUGGCUUAAGUCUGUUCAGCUCUGGAACCAACCCGACCCUCUUCUCCCAAAAGAGGAAGGAUCACAAGAGAAGAUGGUGGACACGGUGAUGAAGGAAAAUGAAAGUAUGAAGAGAGAAUUCAUGGCUAAUGGUGGUGAAAGAAGGAAGAGAGAGGCGGAGAAAGAUGGAGGAAGAAAGCAGAGAAGGUGCUGGUCGUCGCAGUUGCAUAGACGCUUCUUGAACGCUCUUCAGCACUUAGGUGGACCUCAUGUAGCUACGCCAAAGCAAAUUAGGGAGUUAAUGAAGGUUGAUGGAUUAACUAAUGAUGAAGUCAAAAGCCAUUUACAGAAAUAUAGACUGCAUACAAGAAGGCCAAGCCAAACAGUCGCUAACAACGGAAACACUCAAACGCAACAUCUCGUAGUCGUCAAGGGCUUAUGGCUUCCACAAUCUGACUACUCUACUGGAAGAAUCACCGGAGGAGCCACAGCUAGUGGCACUACCGCCACCACUGGGAUAUAUGGAGCAAUGGCUGCACCACCACUGCCACGGUGGCCGAGCCAUUCCAGUUUUAGACCGUCCAUUAUUGUGGAAGAAAAAGGAUCGGGAAGCCAUAGCGAAGAGAUGGUGGUCCGAUGUAGCUCGCCAGCGAUGUCUUCUUCUACCCGCAACCAUUACGUCAAGAAUAUUUAGUUUUUUCUCUCUUUUUUCUUUCUCUCCCUAAUGUUUUGGUUAGUUUUAUUAUAUAAUAUAAUACUAUUUUUGUUCUUUUUCAAAUUAGAAUUUGACACCGUGAGGAAAAGAGUGUAUAGAGGUUUGCACCGAAUAGUUCCAUUUUUAUUUUGCAGUUGAUGUGCAUCUUAUUCGUUUCUUUUUCCAAUUUUGCUGACUUUUUUUUUUUUUUUUUUUAAAGUAUGCACAUGCAUGAUAAAUAUAUGGAAACGGAAUUGCG